AUGCCACGCCUCGGGUACAAGAAGUCUCGCGGUGGCUGUGCAAGGUGUAAGCAGCGACGUGUUAAAUGCGAUGAGAACAAGCCUUGCGGCGCCUGCAUCAGGCACAACACCCCAUGCAGUCUCGUCGAGGACUCGGGGGCAAGCCAACCAGGUGAUGCCAACAGUAUGCAUUGGGAGCCGUCCCGUUCUCAGGCCAUAUCAAAUUCUAGAGCAUCGAGUCUUCAACGCAAGGUAUCAUCCCGCAAAGGGUCGGGCGGCAGCCGCAAGACGACGGGCUCUUCAAUCAGCCCGAUAGACCACUCACUCACUCCGCCGAGUCUACUAGACUCAACGCUGAACCUGCCUGCCGACUUCAUCAGUGACCAUGCUUCUUCCGUGGGAGGCGGGAAAAGGCAAUCAUCAACAUCGCCGUCGAGCCCUGAUCCGUUUCCUUACUUUGUCAAGUUCUCUACAGGCCCUGUGGAGCCGGUUCAUCUCAGCAGAUGGAUCACGGAUCUGGAGCUCAUGCACCACUAUUCCACCGCGACCUGUCUCACGAUGCCAAGGGCGACAGACGCGAGCAACAUCUGGCAGUUUGAAGUCCCGAGGUUAGGCCUCACCUACAUGUUUCUGAUGCACCAAGUUCUCGCCAUAAGUGCCCUACACCUCGGAAAUCUACAUCCGGAGCAGCGAGAAUCCUAUGCGCUUCAUGCAUCGCAACAUCAAACUGAUGCAAUCGCCGGCAUGAGAGAGACCCUCACUCAAAUCUCACCGGACAACUGCCAUCCGCUCUUCGCAGCCUCGUCAUUAUUGCUCAUUAGCGCUUUCGCAACAUUCCCAUAUCAAAGGAGCGGACCAGAGGGACACGAGGCACCGACAGUAGAUGACGUUCUCGAUGUAUUCCUGCUAGUGAGGGGGAUGAGCAACAUCUUGUCGUCUUCACAGCCAGUCAUCAGAGGAGGGCCCUUUAGGGGGUUUUUCAUGGAGGUCGUGACACCAUCAUCCACACAGUUGUUAGACGCGAUAAAACAGCAUCUUCGAACCUUUCAAAUCAGCUUGCAAUCAAGCAACGCGAGCCCAUCAACUAAGCAAAUAGUCGCCACAGAAAUCGCCAUGCUCUUGGAGUGGAUUGACCACGCAACCAACACCACCGCGUAUCCUGAACUGCGGGUCGCCUUGACAUGGCCAAUCGGCCUCACGGAGGAGUUCAUGCAACUCUUGCGGAGCAGAGAUCCCGCCGCGUUGACGUUGCUGGCCUACUAUUCCGUCGCAGUCCACUCGACGGAGCAUACCACAUGGUUCAUGCAGGGAUGGGGUGUAAACACGGCGAAAGCGAUAGUGUGCGAUUUGGAUCCGGAGUGGAAAGAUUUGAUACAGUGGCCACUGGCUUUCAUCAGUGACCGGUCCAUACAGGUUUAG